UGUGAUGACACUUCGUCACUUUGACUUCAUCAUGAAGGUCGCUGUGCUCCUCGCCCUCCUCGCAGUCAGUGAAUGCAGCAGCAGCAGCGUGGUUGGUCAGACGGGUCAGAACGUCACUCUGCCAUGUAAAUAUGACAUCAAGAAGUACAGUCAGCUGUCAGUCUGCUGGGGUCGAGGAGAAAUACCAGCAUCAGGCUGCAACAACCUGCUGGUCUCCACAGACAGACAAAAGGUGAAAGGAAGAGAUUCCAGCAGGUAUCAGUUACUGGGCCGACUGGACAAAGGUGACGUUUCCCUGACGAUCCUGAACGUCACGGCCUCAGAUGCUGGACGGUACGGCUGCAGGUUGGAGAUACCGGGAUGGUUCAAUGAUGACAAACAUCACUUCCAGUUGAUCGUUGAAGAAGCUGCACAGACGACAACAAGAGCUGGAAACAGAGAGACGUCUACAGAGCAGCCAGCAGCCGAUCCUACAACAGGUCAGCUGACCUCCACAGAGACCCUCCUGACUUCCUCCUCCAGCAGCAUCAAGCUUGAGCAGGAGAACAGCAGCGCAACACUGGUUCUGGUGUUUGUUCUGUUCGGGGUGGUAGCUUUGGUCACGGUCGGCGGAUUCUUCAUCAUCGGCAGGACGUGGCGGCGGUUCAGAGUCCCUCAGCAGCAGAUCGGCAGUUCGGCCCGGUUCAGCUCCACCGCCUCCACCCUGCAGCUCCACAGUCGAGGGUCGGCGGUGGAAAACAUCUACCAGAUAGAUGGAGGCGGCGAUGGAGGCGAGUACGAGUUCUGUCCCUGAGCCUGAGACCGCAGACCAAAACCAGGACCCGCUCAGCUGGAAGAUGGAGGCAUCGGGGCUCCUGCAGCCAGCAGGACGGUGGAGGAGAUGAAGCCCGGUUGAAUCAUGCAUCAACCAAUGAGACACUGAGCCUUUAAGAAGCAUCCAAUCACGACAGACGGUCGAGACUCAAAGAUUCAGGACUCGUGAAUGUUGACGUCUGUGUGGUUACAUCAUAACAUCCUUUCAGGUCAGGUGGAGACCUGGCAGCAGGAUGGAGGCGUUGUAAUAACACUCAUACUGCGUGUGGGAAGACCAGCAUUCUCCAACACCUUCAACACAGGGUCCUGGAUUACACCCAGACCUGGUCUAGAGACCAGAGACACCGUACCUGCUUCCUGCUUCUUCUCUCAUCACUUCUCACAGAACUAAACCACACUUAUAACAUAAAAUUUAGGCUUUGACUUUUAUUUUGAAGAGCUCUUCCUGUUUGCUUUGGUUUUGUUUUUUUAUGAAUAUUAUUCUAUAACAGAAGCACUUCAUGAUGCUGAAUUUUCCUUUUUCACAGAUUUCUCUUUUAUUUAAUGUUUUUAAUUAUUUUUCAUAGAGAUUAUUUUAUUUUACUUUGAAAAAUCCUGCCUUUAUUUCCUGUUUUGAAGUCUCAUAUUUGGUUUCGAUGGAGUUCAUUGUUCCCUAAUUGUGACUGUUUUCUAUGUUUAGAGGUAUUAAUUAAUUUUGGUCAGGAUCACACUGAGUCAGCUCAUUAUUUUAUAAUUCGUGGCACGAGCCACUCGCCUCUAUAGCUCAAAGAGACGCGAUUGUAAUCUCUCUUCUUAUUUUUCAUCUUCCGCCAGAAUUUUGGCGCGUAACUCGUCCCGCAGCUUUGAGAAAACCCGCGCAAACUAUAUAUCAAAACGUGUGGCUCGAUCGGGAAUGGUGCGCUCUGUACUUAUGGCAGGAUUCAUUAAUAAUUCGCAAAGUAAUUUGCAAA